AUGAAGGACAAUAAGGUCCAAAAAAAAAUUCGUUUGGACGAUGACGAUGAGACCGCGACGCUACCUUCUGAGUCCACGGAUGAAGAAGACACAAGGGCUGAAGAAGAAGCGAGGCUUGCUGCCGAAAAGAAGGCCAGACGUGCUGCUCGAGAGACGAGGCUUGCUGCCGAAGAGGAGGCCAAGCGCGCUGCUCAAGAGGAGGCCCGACGUGCUGCCGAAGAGGAGGCCCGACGUGCUGCUCGAGAGAAGGCUCGACGUGCUGCUCGAGAGGCGAGGGUUGCUGCCGAAGAGGAGGCUAAGCGUGCUGCUCGAGAGGAGGCGAGGCUUGUUGCCGAAGAUGAGAGGGCUGCUGCCGAAGAGGAGGCGAGGCUUGCUGCCGAAUAUGAGAGGGCUGCCGCCGAAGAGAAUGCGAGGGCUGCUGCCAAUUCCUACGACAGAGGGAAUCAUCUUGAGCCAACCGCUGAUGACUCCACUGAGGAACAGUUUGUAGAUGAAGAUGGACACGAAUACGACACCGGAAUACCCAGGGACAGAGACGACAACGAAUACUGCGACGAAAACCCGACAGACGAAAACAGCGACAUAAAUUUGACGGAAAACAGCAACGGACUCUAUGACAAAUACGAAAUACAGGAGAUUUACGACAACGAACAGACGAAAAAAUCGUGUGCACUAUUGCACCAAACGGUGCCCUUCAAUAUUUCACUUUGA